AUGAGCGGCCAUAGGCAUUUGGGAGGUCCUUCACUCACUCAAAAUCAGGGAAAUGUACUCGGCGAGCGUCCGUGUGUCCGUCAGAGCCGACUUUACCGUGAACAUAAUGGUGGAAAUACCAUGAAGGAAUUGAUGGGACAGGGAGAUCUUAAAUGGGACACAACAUGCGUACAAGGAGCCUACGCUGGAGGUAAAAUAUUCGACCACAGAAAAGGUGAGCAGGAAAAUAAUGAACCCAUACGAGGGGUGUGUAAUCAAAAACAUCAACAUCAAUAUCAAUAUCAACAUCAACAGCAACAGUAUUGCCACACGGAGGAUGAAGACGGAGCUGAAUUAGAUGAAGAAGAGGCAGCAGAUCAUUCCUUCCAACAUUAUGGAGUUAAUAAUAACACUGCAGAACAUCAUCCCUCUCAAGAUGUUGAAGCACAAGAUGAAUAUUACGGCGUCGUAAUUGAAAUGGAUGAUGGUGUGGAGCAGGGAGGUGGUGUCGAUUACAGAGCAGAAGAAAAGGAGGAAGAAGCAGAAAAACAACCAACUGAACCGAUAAAAAAACAAAUUGCACCGGCUGGUGUUCGCCGCGGUGUGAUGGAACCAAAAGCCGAAGCGCCCACGUGCCAGCCGGUGGCGUACCGCUCCUUUCGCCCGGGUGCAGGUCAUGCAAACCGUCAAACAUAUAACAUUUUUACUGGGGAGUAA